UGGUCCGGCCUUGGUCCGAGUUAACAUAUACAUAAGAAGCAUCAGCGAAAUUGAUGAUGUGAGAAUGGAGUACAGCGUCCAACUGACAUUCCGUGAACAAUGGCGGGAUGAGAGGUUACAGUUCGAUGACAUAGGUGGUCAAGUGCGUUACUUAACCUUGACUGAUCCAGAGAAAAUCUGGAAGCCAGAUUUGUUUUUCUCCAAUGAGAAAGAGGGUCAUUUUCAUAAUAUUAUCAUGCCCAACGUCCUGCUUCGGAUAUAUCCAAACGGAGAUGUCUUAUACAGUAUUCGAAUCUCGUUAGUUCUGUCCUGUCCUAUGGACUUAAAGUUUUACCCUUUGGACAAGCAAACAUGUUCUAUUGUUAUGGCUAGUUACGGUUAUACUACCGAAGAUUUAGUUUUUCUUUGGAAAGAAGGUGAUCCAGUACAAGUGACAAAGAAUCUUCACCUUCCUCGCUUUACUCUGGAAAGGUUCUACACAGACUAUUGUACUAGUCGGACAAAUACAGGAGAAUACAGUUGCUUGAAAGUGGAUCUCCUUUUCAAACGGGAAUUCAGUUACUACCUUAUUCAAAUCUACAUACCUUGCUGUAUGUUGGUCAUCGUAUCCUGGGUGUCGUUCUGGCUGGACCAGAAUGCUAUUCCCGCACGUGUCUCUCUUGGAGUGACCACACUGCUGACCAUGGCGACUCAAACGUCUGGUAUCAAUGCAUCCCUGCCACCCGUCUCUUAUACCAAAGCCAUUGACGUGUGGACAGGAGUCUGCCUGACCUUCGUGUUCGGCGCUCUGCUUGAAUUUGCGCUCGUCAAUUAUGCUUCUCGAAGCGACGCGCACAAAAAGAGUGCCAAAGAACAACAGAAGAAGCAGUGGGAGCUGGAACAUGCAGCUCUGGAAGCUGACCAUCUAGAAGAUGGAGCGACGACUUUUGCUAUGAAGCCCUUGGUGCACCAUCACGGUGACCUGCACGCCGAGAAGAUGCGCCAGUGCGAGGUGCACAUGAAGAGCCCGAAGGUGAAUCUGUGCAGAAGAUGGAUGAACAGGUUCCCUUCCCGCUCCAAGCGCAUCGAUGUCAUUUCGCGUAUUUUCUUCCCCCUCAUGUUCGCACUCUUCAACCUGGUCUACUGGACCACCUACCUCUUCAGGGAGGACAGAGAGGAGUAGUCUACGACAAGAUACAGAUCAUCCAGACGUGAAAAGAAGUUUAGAACCUCUGUAGAUCUCUCAAAGCUACGGAACCGAAAUCAAGAUCAUAGUAAAGUGUAAUCAAUGGUUUAAAUCUUGAAUUCAUGUGAAAAACCCAAACCGUUUGUCCCAGUUGAAGCCCCUGCCAUCUCUGUAUCUGUAAUUAAAAUGUUUAAGCUAUAAAUAUAUAUAUCUAUGUAUAUAUAUGCACAUGCAUACGUGCAAAGGUUUAUAUGUAUAUGUAUAUGUAUAUGUAUAUGUAUACACCUAUGCAUACCUAUAUACACACACACACAUAUAUAUAUAUAUAAAGAUUUAAUGAUGUGUGAGAAAAAUAUAGUGUGGUGGGAUUUUAAAUGUGAAGAUAUAUAAGAGAAUUUCUGAGCCUUAUAAAUAAAUUUUCAAGGCUAGAAUAUUUCCUUCUCAUUUCAAUCAUUAUUCGUAUAAUUUCGUAACCGAAUUUUAAUUUUUAAGCACAUGACUCCCGAAUUCGUACUAAUCAUAAGAAUAAUUGAGUCGCCAGCAUUUAGAGGCAUCUAUCUGAGAUUCUCGCCGUACUGUUCUUUAAGAUGUAUAUGGGUUUUUCAUAUGAAGUAUCAAGUGAGGUUAUCUCCCAUAGGGAGAGUGGCAUGGAUGUACCGAAACUGUUUAAUAUCGAAGACGAAAAAUUUACAGAUGCAUCUACAUUGAUGACUAGAAUGACACAUCUCAGUAUUGCUCAGAAUUGAGGAACAAAUUCAAAAGUAAGCUUUAUCAACUGGCCUGGUGAUGGAAUCUCAUCAGGCAGAAGAUAAUCAUUUAAGAAAACUACUGCAAAGAACGGACACGGAUGCAUGUGGCUGGACUAAACAAAGUACGACAGAAGUAGUAAUUUUUGUAUUUAAGUAUAUGCUACGUAUAUGAAUAGUUGAGAAACUGAAACGAAUAUGAAAGGUAUUGAAGAAGUAGUUAUGUAUCACACCACGUUUACAUAAUUUCUCAACUACUACAGCAAAAACACUGUUUUGUAGCAACAAAAUUUAAUGUUUUGGUUUGAAGUUCUCAAAAUAAGCCAAAUUAUUGAUUACUUACAAAACAUAUUUCAUAAGUAAUAUUUUGAUUGUAAGCUUUGUCAUGAGUUAUCGAAUAAAAAAAAUCUAGCCGCUUUCAUCAGUAUCCAUUCUAGAGUUUUCAGAUCAAGGUAUAGAAAAUUGCAAGCUUUCAUUACAGAAAAUUCAAGAUCACGGAGGUCAUGAUUACUGAUGAAAUAUCAAACUGAGUGCCAAUUUUGUCAUUGUCGCGCCGCGCUCCCUAUCUUAAUGUGUAUAGUCUCUGUUUUCAGUAGUGAGUUUCGUCUAUGCUGGACUAACGCGUAGAUUUGAGAAUUUUAGGAAACAGUAGAACGACUGAGUGGUUUUUGUAUAUCUGUCAAAUCGUUCAUCUGAAAUUCCCUAAUGUUCCUUCGUAUAGAAACGCAAAAAUUUCACACUAAGAACUAUUCAUUCAAGUUUCUGAUAAGGAAAUCUAAUGACUGGAGACCUUUUCAUAGUCCAAAUGUCAGUCAGAUCUUCAACUAUUAUCCCACUUUAUGCUUUUCUUGUAACUGAUAUCGAAAGCUUUUGUUAUAUCAGGGUCUAAAAAUAUUUCACAACUCGUUAGAUGUCCGACAAGGUAGUUAUUACUCUGGCUAUAAGUUGCAUAAUAAGUCGACCAGAGAAUAUCAUCAAAGUCCUUGACCGAACACAAGUUAUGAUUUUGUGCAUUUCCAUAUUAAAGCGUCAUACUGUUUCAUUUCAUUAAGAGCUUAAUUCAAUUUGAAGUGAAAAAAUGAUGUUCCGUAUUAUACCCCGGUGAAAGGUAAGGUCCUUGCUUCUUCAAAGACUUUUGUUCAGUUACGUCUCCUGUCAUGAAUCUGAUCCUAUCAUAAUUUUAGCGCUCGGCGUUCUGUGCAAGCGCUUUGAUAUUGCACAUUUAUAAUGUGCAAAUGAUGAAAAUAACCCAGCUGUAGAAUUUUUCUCGUAUACAGUUACUAGGGUUAGAAAUCCUCCUAUAUAUCUAACGUUGUUAGUCCUGCGUUAGAAGCAUGUCGGCAACAUUAAUCAAAUCCAAGUUGUAAUGUCAACGUAAUUUACCUACCAGGUUCAUACGAAUCAUUUUAUCGAAAUAUUUUAGAAAGGUAAUUCUCAUCACUACCAAUGCGCCAACACUUUUUUUUCAACUAUGUACUUUGUUUUCAUGCACAAUGAAAUCUCGGUUACAAGAUCAACAUAUCUUAACCCGUUUCUUCGAACGUUAGAUAGUUUCUGAAUAACUAAAGUUUUUGAAUAAUUAUUCUACCUGUUCAAACUAAAGAUUUUAACACUUCUGUUGAACAUAAAUUACGUAAUAAUUAUUACACAAAUUCUACUUUAAAAUGUUUUAAUUAUUUGUUGAAAUCAACGUUGCUAUGUCAUGGUGAAUAGUAAGGCUGCUCUUAGAAGUAUAAGCAGUGUUGAUUCCGCAAGGCCUGCAGUGCUGUGCCUUUAAUACUAAAAUGUAUUUAAUGAAUUGACUACGUAUGUAAUCGAGAUUUAUAGUUGUUUAUUCGGUACUGUUGGCCACUGGCAAAGAAUGACUUGUGAAAAGAAAGUUGCCGUUUAAAGUGCCAUAAUCGUAUUUGAAAUAAUGAAUUAGAACAGCUAAACAGAAAUGAGCUUAUUUUAUUUUCUGUCUCAUUUGUACGCAUUUGAUCUAGCGUCCAAUAUGUAUCUCCUAAAAGGGUGAUUCAUAUAAAACUCAUGGUUUUUUGUCAUGUAUUUGAACAAGAAUAAAGCUAGCAACAAUUAAUUAAGUCUCAAAUGUAAAUUCUAUAAGAGAGGAGUUACUUUCAUUUCCGGUUAAAUACUUGAACGAUAAAUCCCCCUCCCAAAAAACGAACAUAGCUACGCGUGUCGUUGCAAGUCCUUGAGCGUUUGUUGGAACACUGUUUCAUCAAUACCAUUGAUUUCGAUGACAAUGUCUGCUUCUAAUUAUCUAGUGUACUAGAACUCAUAUGUCCUAGGGCGCAAAGCCUAUGAUUUGAAUCGGAACGUAACCAACGAAUUUAACGGUACUUUUAGGAAUGUGCUUCAACAAGUGGCGUGGAAAAUAAACGGUUUGUUCAGCUGUGCCUUCAGAAAAAAAAAAAGAUGGAUAUUUUCACUGUUUAUUGGAAGAUUUUGCAAACUGUCAGACGUUCUCUAAUUUUGUGGUAUAACAAAUCGUUGCUAACUUUAUUCUUGUUCACAUAAAUAUAUAGUGGCAAAUACACUUUCUUUAUGCAUCACCCCGCAUAAUUCCUUUAUUAUGUACAUGUCUAAAGCUAGAUAUUACAUUCUUGCUCGGAUUAUCAGCCAAAGAAUGCAUCAAAAUUUAUCCAGGAAAAAAACGAAAGAAAUCAUUCCUUUUCAGUGGUCUUCAUUCUUCCGCCCUUUACUUUUUUUGAGAGAGAGGCAGAGAAAAUGCAUCUUUAUUCAUCUCAAUUAAAGUUUUCCAAAUAAUGAUCUUUCAUUUUCAUUUCUUCAAAGAGCGCAGCUGAGUUAAAUCCGUUUCCUCUGUAUCUAAAUAUUGUAUCAAACUGUAUAAUACUUAAACAAUAAUAGUACUAGCAUUUCGAUGAUACACAGUACAAAGUUUUAAUUGCAAUAAUGAGAUUCGUAGCAUUAAAAAUACUGCCGUGCUUCUUAUAUUACCAUGAUAUGUCAAUAUUAUUUUUAAUGUGAGACCUUGACACAGAAGAUUCCAAAUCAUCGUAAACGUGAAGGCAAACUGUAUUUGGUUCACGUUAAGUCAAGUAAAAUAACUAUUUAAAGCUCAUAGACAUGAGUACAGCAAGUGAUUAACAUCAGUGACAAAAACUCUUGCCAAAAUUUGGUAAAGAAAACAUAUCGAUGGAAAUAAGUGAUUUUGUUAAAUAUUCCAGAAAACCACAUUGUCAUAAAAAUGUCCAAACUUCCAUAGCUUUAAAUUUCCUUUACCUAACUUAUUUGAAAGUAGAAUAUUUCAAAAGACUGUAUGAUUUUUUUUAAUUACUUACACAUUCCCGUACGGAUUGAAAAAUAGGGAGAUACGCUCUAAAUUUUAAAAGCAGAUUGUUAUAAAAAGAUUAAUCAAAGAAAUAAAUUUAAAAUGCUCACCUGAAUGACAAUCAUUUGGAAUACUUUUUUAAUUGAUGAGAAGGAUUAUGAGACAGGUUAUUAAAUGAUAUUUUUAUAUUUUACCUUUUAUCCCUUGUGACAUUUUAAAGAGUGGCUGUUAUUUAGAAUGGAAUGUUUAAUCAUGCAAAAUUAUGUAGUUUGCAACUGCUUAUGAUUCCAAUUACCAAGGAUUCCUUUUUAUUUUUUAAUAUCUCUAUUUCCGUUGUUUAAUAAAGCUGGCAGAUUUUGACAUUUAGUUCUUAAUAAUUGCGUCGUAAUAUGCACAUCCUAUAUAUGCAUUUGAAUUAUCAUUAAAACUUAUUUCAUACAAAUGUAUGAUGAGCUUAUUAAAAAUAAGCUUUACAAAAUAACACUUUAAAGGUGUUUGAAACCUGAUAAAACUAUCGAAUUUGCAAAAAAACAGUGCAUAUAUCAAAGCAUUUUCAAAACACAAUUUAUUUACUACUGUCUGCAAAAUUAAAUUAAAUGCUAUACGUUACAAUGUUAUUUAUCGAUAUGAUAAUUUUCAUGUUAGCAUUUGAACUUUUAAAAUUGACAACAUAGUUUAUUAAAAUAUUUGAACUAACUUUAUUUUCUCCAGUAGUCUUACGAUUGUAUUAAAACGGCACUCUUUAAUCGUUUUUCUACAGCGUUCUCUAAAAUAUUAUAAAGAAAUAAAAGUAUAUUUUCGGUGCAUGCUUAUUUCUGAAGUGUAAAGUAAGUAAAUGGCACUUAACUUCAGGCACUUAACAUUUAUUCAUAAUUCUUAUGAAUUCUUCUACAUUUUAUCAUUUAAAUAACGUAUCGUCUCAGUAAAUGGCAUGUUAAAAAUGCUUUACUUUUUGUGAGUAUGUGACUUUAUAUUUGUUUUAUGUAAAAUAUACGUAUUUUUGUGCACAGUUUUCUUAAAAUGUUUCUCUCUUAAUUUCAUUUUCUGUGUCAAGGAGCUCUAUCAGAGCCCGGUACUUUGCACAUAGUUAUUCCAAAAGUAACUUUUGGCUUUGGUGACUGUGACUUGCAGUUGCAUGAAUAGCCUUCACUGACGUUACGUAUGGUGCAUGUUGAGCAAAGCUUUGCAGCUACAUUGAUCCUACCUUCUACCACUCCGAUAUCGGAUUAGGGAUUUUGCCAGCCGAAAUGUUAAGGUAGAGAUCAUACUGGUUGCAAAUCUUUGCUUUGGUAUUAUUUGCGAAAUAAAGAUGUAUUUAUAUUAGAAGAAAUAGAGUUUGGGAAUGAAGGAAAAUUGUUGGUACGAAGAGUAGCUAGUCUGAAUGUGAUGAAUCAAGAUAAAAUGUGCUUGGCGUGGACCUCGUAAAUGAUCUCUUUUCUUGAUAUUGAAAGAAAGACAGUAUGCUCAUCUGUAUUGAAUUUGUUGUGUAGAGUUUAUUUCCAUAUAUAUAUAUAUUUGGUGAAGACCGAUGUAAAUCCUUAAUGCUGUUUUCAACUGAUGUUAUGCAAUGAAUAUAUUUUGUACAACCUUGUAAAUCUCCGUUUAUGCUGAUACUGUACUUGUAGAUUUAUGUAUUGUGUUAAAGGAACCGAAUUCUGUUUCAUGGUUGGUAAAACAUCAGUCCGGUAUCGGAGUGGUACAGAAUUCGGUUCCAGGGCUCUUGUGCGCGGUCUUUAGCUAGUAGAUGCAAUUUAUGCAGAUUUCAAUAGAAAAUGAUCUGUUUUCAUAAUCAAUCCUAUCCCCUCUCGUCCUUUAUUAACAAGGCUGGAUCUUGAAGUCUCGCAACGUUAAGAUCAUGUUAGGAAAACUUUUACAGCUAAGAUGUAUUCUAAUAGUUACCUUGCUAAAUAUACAUAUUAUAACAAGUAUAUGGAUUUAUAGAAAUAAACAUAAGAUGAAUAAAUUAUUGCGUUGUAUUUAAAUAUUAAUUAAUGAAACGUUGCAGUGAAAUUCUGGGAUCCUGCUUUGUUUACUAGGCAUAUAAUCGAUAUGUGCAAUAUAGAGUAUAUCAAAUUGUCGUAUUGUGCUGCGAUUUAUAAGAAUAACCCCCUUGUUGACUCAAAAAAUGUUACAAAGAAACUCCACGUGCUUCUGUAUAUUGUGGAUUUUGUGAACAAAAACCAUUUUGCGAUUAUUAGCUUCAUUAUGUAUUCUGUAUCAUGUUUUAUAUCGGAUGUGAGCAGAAGAAGUAGUUUGAGAGCUAUCACCUGCAAAGUACAUGAAUGUCAAAGUCAUACUAACGCAAGCACAAGUCUUUUACUGUAAUAAAAUCAUUUUCGAACAAAUUAAAUGAUGCAUAGUUUAUAGGAGAGCACUAUAUUCAUGUUUCAAUGUAUUAUUUAAUAGAAAAAAAACUUUUAACUUUGUUUGAAUUUUUUUUUUGUUUCUGAUUUUAAUGCCAUAGCUCUAGGUUUGUUAGAGCUGGCAUAGGAUCUUAAUUGUUACACCUGAAAGUUUGAAGAUUUUAUGUACAAAUCUCGCUUUAUAUUCUCUAUAACUGGUUUUUAGAAACCUUUGCUACGAUAGAAAACGGAGAAUAUGCCACUUUAAUAAAGACUUCUGAUUCUAAAUAACCGGAUUACAAGAUAAACUAUCUACUGCUCAGGUGUUUGGUUUAAAGAUGAAAUGCAUUUCGUAGUGAUGGCUAUCACUCACCACGCCUGAAAAAUAUUUCAUUUCUAUAACUAGAGAAGAAAUAUAUAUAAAUCUCAAAGUGAAUAUGUGCCAACUGAUUGAAGAGAAAGUAUAUGCAUCUAAGAUGAGUUAGAAGUUUCGGAAGGAAAUAAAUAGGUUCAAAAGUACGAAAGCUUAUCUCCCUGUUCUUUUUCAAAUCUUAAUUAAUUAAGCCAAUCAAAUAUUUAUGCUACUUUUAUUUUUUUUGAUGUUAUUUCAAUUUUGCAGAAGAAAAUUAGUUUGCUAAAAUUAAGAGCUGUGUCUGAAAUAUUUUAGGUUUAAAAUAAAAAUUUAAUUUUGAUUCUCAGAGAAAAUGCAUCUGAAAGAAAAAGAUUAAUAAGUAUAUUUUCAAUUAAACAAUAUGCAAACAUUAUCAAAUAUUUAUUGUAAGUAAAGCACAUAAAAUAAGACGUCAUACUGGUUAUUUUGUUCGAUUUAUAAACGUGUGAUUUUCCUUAAUCUUCACUAUAUUAGUAAUGGAGUUUCGGAACUAAAUUAAAUUCUCAUUAGAAACUGCUUUCUGUUUUGAGUAGCGUUGCCAUUCAUGAUUUAGAAAAUUUAUGACUGAGAUUCAUUUAUAUGUAAAGAAGGUCGAUAAUAGCUUAAGGCGGAAAUUAAUUUAGUGCACCAUUAUCUAUAUUCAAAGGAGAUAUUACAUUUAAGCAUUUUAAUAUAUGUAUCUGUUUCUGCACAUGAAAAAUCAAUUUUUCUUAACCUGGACUGAUUUUUUUGCGUUUAAGAGUCCUUAAGAAACUUUAAGAACAUAUAUAUAUACAUAUUGGUUGAACUGCAAAUAUCUGCAAAUUUUAAUCAUACCAUUUUUCCGUUAAACUGCACUUUUUCCUCUUGGCAAUAAAUAUUUCAUUUCAUAUCAUAUAAUAUGCUUUUGGAAUGCAUUAAAAUAAAUGAUGUUUCAUGUCUUUCCCAUUUUGUUUUAUAAUUUUUAAUAUCUGGAUUAGUAUUGUAAGUGCUAAUAUUAUAGCUCAGAUUAUCACUAAGAAUGAAGUAAUAUUGAAUCUUCAUUUUUUAGAUGAAUAAUAUGUACAGUUUCAUCCUAAUUAGUAAUGGGCAAAUAGAAAAUAAUUUCUCUUGCCCUGUGUUAUAAAUAAUUACACCCUUGAACAUAUGAAAAUAUUUUUCCCUCCUAUUACAUUGUUAAUUCUUUUAAAUCUAUUCAUCUUGGAAAUUUUAUUUCUGUCAUAAAUUAAACCUGAAAAUACAUUAAGGUAUGGAUACUAAAUAACAUAGAUUUUCAGAAAUCAUAACGAAAUAAUUAAAACUUUCCAAGUGAUCACGGUUGACAAUACAUUAUGCUGAAGCAAUAGAAAUUUGUCACUAAAGCUAAUCAUAGAUUUCUAUUAAUCCCAUAAAAAAGAGGCCUAUUUGUUAACAGAAUUUUUACUCUUGAUAAUACUGGUUAUCUGUCUAUGUUAUUGGUGACACAACGUGUCACUCGCGAAAAAAUUUACAGCAGUAUAAAGUCUUAACAGAAAGAAGCUAAAAUUCUUUACAUACACUUGAUAAUUCGAAUGUAUGUUUGAAAUCUGUAUGAUAUUGUACCAUAUAUUAGAUUUGAUGUUAGUAAAUGUAACUUAUUUCUUGAAGUAUUUUUGUAAAAAUGAGUAACCAGCGUUUUCCCAUAAGGUUUUAGAACUUGAGACCCUGAAGUCGGGUACCAGGGUUCAAGUUCCGCUCCCAUAUAUUCCAAGUUCACUUUCCUGUAGCACUCGUGUCGGAUCAGCAUUUAUCUUAGGAUAAGAUAAUGUGGAUCUAAACAAUGCGUAUCGUCCUAAAACACGAAGUCUUCUUAAUUUCUCCUCUUAACAAAAUUCGAAUGCCUUAUUUGCUCUAUUUUAAGAUGCUUUGCUAAAGUAAAUUGUGCCCUGUGCUUACAUACUUACAGCUACGAAAUGCAAGGACGCAGUUUGAGAUGCAUGUCACUUUCAGUCCUAAAUAGUCAACUCUUAAAAAUGAGUAAAGGUUAACUUAGGUGACAUGUAAAUACUUUCAGUAAGGACUGAAAUUCUAAAAUUCAAAAGUUCAAAGUAGAAGAGAGUUCUAAAAGUGUCAUGAAAAUGUAUUUCAUGACAUGAAGCAAAAAUAUAUUUCCGAAAUAUUAAAAGAGAAGUAAAAUAAACUUCAAUCGAAAAUUAAGAAAAUAUUUGGUAUUUAAAUGACAUGCUUUUCCCUCUUUCCAAAUUGUAAAGUGAUGUUGCAACUAUGGAAGAAAAGGCUGAGGAAAAUACAAUUUACGUAUUAUUUUACAACGCAAAAUUUACUUAUAUUAAUAUAAAACUCUUAUUUUUAGCUCGUCGCGUCUUUUUUCCCUGCUUUUUCAUUUUAAUGCACAAUUAAUUUAUAUAGAUAAAUUUGAUACAGAAACUAAUCUAAAAAAUUUAAAAUGAUAUGUUUAAGGAUAUAUCUUAAAAGUCUUAAUUUAAAAUACAUACCAUAAAUUCUAAAUUAUUUCUCAGUUGCACAGUUCAUUUAGACUUAUAGGUACAUUAUUUCUUGCCGUAUUAUUUGAGAUAAAUUGCUAAUUUAUCCAGUCAGUAAAAAUAACAUUGACUGAAACGUAAAAUUUUCAGCGCAGUGUAAUAUAGAAAGUGACUUGAUGAAUAGAUGUGACAGAUGUGUAAAAAAAGUAUAUUACAAACUUUUAACUGUACACCCGCUUUAAGUGCAAGUUUAUUUAAAAUGUUAAUUUCUUUCACAUUACAGAUUUAUGUCUAAAGUGCAUCCACGUUAUAUAUAGUAUAUUUUAAUUUAAUCAAAAUGCCAGAAUAGUAAAAGCAAAAAGUAAGGCGAAAGGAAAAGGAAAAAAACGUCGGAAGUUAUAAAUAUCUCUUGUUUUUAGCUUGAUUUUUGAGUUGCUUGUUCUUGUUUCAGCAAAUAUUUUAACUUUCAUUUGCAGUUAAAAUGGAGUGGAAUUUGUGCAGGAAUUCGCUGAAUCAGGAUGAAAAUUUAUUUCUUAACUGUUAUUUCUGCGAAUAUGUUCCAAACUGAAGUAAUUUGCCUUCCUUCUUUUAAUUAGGUUAUUAAAGGAAAUAAUUUCGAUUCGAAGUAUUUUAAAUAAAAUUUAGACCUAUGAAGGACUUCGUUACUAAGGUAACAUCUUAAUGUAAACAAUACGGAGAUAGAUUAUGUUAGUAUUUAAUGACAAUUAAAAUCUUUCGAGCGCUUGCUUAUAAUAAAAUUUAAAAAUAAGACAUUAAAAAAUAAGAAUAUUUUGUCGUUGAUAAUAAUUUAAUUUUUAUGAGUAAAUUAUAUUUCUUUAAAUACGCAUUUGAAUCAUUAUUUUUUAUUUUAUUUUAAUUAACCCUUAUGCAUGCAUUAUUCAAGGUACUGAUAAUUUAGUUACAGAGAAAUAAAAAUCCUUAAGUGCAAUCGUGAAAUAUUUCAAAAUUUUUUAUAUAACAAAAGCUCUAAAUAUAUAUUAUCAAUUCAUGAUACCCAUUCUUGAUUCCUUAUGUAACCUCAAUAAAGAUAUUUUUUGUUAUUGAUUGUUGUUAACAAAAUUCAGGCCACACAUUUUUGCUGUCAGAAAAGAGGAAAGUAAUCAGUACUUUUAUGCAAGUAUUACGUAUUCCAUAGAUUAUGGUUCCUAUUUGCAAAGAUAUGUAUUAAAAUGACUUUCAAACAGUUAAAAUUGUUUUAAUAUUUUAUAACACCUUUAUCAAUUCGACGCUCAAUUUUAGAAACUCUACUUAAGUAGUCAUUUUGUAUUUGUAUUUAAUGAACAAGCAGACAUUUUUUGAUUCCUAUAACUGUGCUCUUGUCUUUAGAUAAGAAUGAAUGUACAUACGUUAAGCUUACAGAAUGGUAGAUUACUGCCUCUGAGGAAGGUUUUUGUAAAUAUGUAGACAGUGUUGAUAAGCUAGUAGACAAUAAAUGCGUACAUAGUGAGUGACUUUUCACUCGUGAUAUAUGUUAGAGCUUUGUUCAUCCUUUCACUGAAGUACUCAUUUAGCUGGCUUUAGCUCUAUCAUCUAGAUUAUUCUUUAGAAAUGGGAAAGCAAAUGUUUUGCUGUCGAUAUUGCAACUUCCAUGCCAGUUAUUUGCAUGGAACAUGAUUUCAUUGAUAGAAAUCAUCCUGAAAUAUUUGCUCAAUGUAAAAGCAGAGUAAAAAAACUCUCAUCGUCUAAUUCGAUAACAUUUGAAUAUUAAAAUAUAUUAUGGUGUUUAUAAAUAUACAUUCAUAUGUACUUUUUCAACUUAUAUUCUGUAGUUCAGAGUUUCCCAAACCAUCCUCCACGAAACACUUGCUGUUGUAUGUCACUGAAAAUGUAGUUCUGAAGUCCAAAAUUGUUUACACUUACAUUUCUAAUUAAAAAUUCUUUCUCAUCAUAAGUAAUGACUAAGCGUACUAAAACACUUGGCUUUUAUAUAAAGCUUCAGUAGCAUAUGUGCUUUCAAAAAUCUUUCUGCGCUUGCUUGAAUUAAAUAAUUCAAUGUUAAUAUUGCAUAGCCGAUUAUAAUGCAAUGAGUACCAACGGCUUUUACUUUCUGUGUUUCUAUAAUGUGUAUUUUGUGAAAUUGAAACCAUUUAGCCUAAGCAGGCAGAACUAAAUAUGCAGAAAUAAUCUCUUUGUAAAUAUUUAUCAUAUCGCUUGCUUAUACUAUAAUUAAAAACGUAAAUUUGGUGGUACUUAUUCUGAACCCCAUAUAUGUUCCAUAAGUUUCAACAAUGUUAAUUUAGUUCAAGUCAAAACUUCCUCUUAAAAUACAUCCUUCACUUUGACAUUUCCCAAAGUCAAAUAUAAUAUAAUAUAUAUAUAUAUAUAGAGAGAGAGAGAGAUAUUAAAAGCGUUCCGUGGUCAUAUUAGUUUGGGAAAUACUGCUCUAGCCAAAAGACUUACUGUUAUGGUUUUUCAAAUUAAGUUCUUUUACUUCUGCAUUAAAAUAUAUUUGAUCCUUAAAUGUUUCUAGAUUAUUGACUACGAAUUAAUAUUAGAUUAAAUAUAUGAAAUUACUAAUUUACUAAAAUUGCCUAUAAAUCAAAACGGGAAAGCAAAGUAAAUAAGCCCUUAACAAAAAUCUUCUAAAUUAUGAAUGGCAACGGUAAAGCAAAAGCUCUAAAUUUUAUAUUAGGGGAUUUCGGUAAAUUAUUGGGUAAACACUUUACUGCUUAAUAUUAUAUAGGAUAUAUUUUAACAUUAAGCAUGUGUUUUAAAUUGAAUAACUUGUGUAGCCUCCAGAAGAAUAAUUUAUGUAUAUAAACUAUGCCUGCCUUUACAUGUAAUCCUAUCUGAAAUUCAUAAGAGUGGAAGCAUCCAUUUCUAACAUAAUAUUCUUCUUCCGUCAUAGCAACGCAUUUCUAUCUUUUUAGCCUAUUUUUAAAACGAGGUAUAUAUAGCUACGAAUGAAACAAACAGUUUCAAUUAAAAGGAAGUGUGUACUGAAGUUCAACUUCGAAGAUUUUAUGGCAUUCGUCUUGUUAAAAGACUUAAUAUUACAAUUAUUUUAACAAGGAAAUGAAAGAUCUUCGGUGUUUCAGUAGUUAAUCAAAAUCUAACAAAACACAUCAAAACACACACAGUUUAUAAUUAUUUUCGUGAAAAGCAAAAAUUAUUUUAAGCUGACAAAGUUCCUAGAAAUCAGAUUUUCAUGUCUAAAAUAUUUCAUUGUUAAAUCCGGCAAUUUUGCACUUUCUAUAUAAAACUUACGCUGAAAAUCGCUAAUUAAAAAUAUUAAUAAGUUUAUUUCUGCAAAUCAAUUUCUGCUGUGCAUCUUACUUCAGUUGGCUGUCGCUUGUUAAAUAUCACGACAGACCAUGAUAAAUUACGCAUUUCUUGUAACAUAUAUCUAAAAUCCGCUUAACUUAUUAUUAUUAUUGAUAAUAAAUUUAAUUAUGUUUUGAAGUAUAGGUAGCACGAAGAUUUAUGUUCAAAACGAAAGAAACAGUUGAGACGAAAUGGCAUUUUAAUACAUUCUCUGGCAUUUCUUUUAAGAUCUAUCAAAAUUAUCGUAAUUACAUGGAGAAAGAGUCGUAGUCCAUAUCUGGUAACGAAACUAGAUUGCCCUACGCGAUGCUUGAAAAACUCAGAAAACGUUUCAGAACGUUUUAGCGAAAAUUGUGAAAUAAUACAAAAGAACAAAUUUAAAAACUGUGAAGUAAUACAAAAGAACAAAUUUUACAGGUCUUCCGAAUUUCAUACUCUACAGAUAUUUCAAGUAUGGACACGGCUGAGAAUGAAAGAGAGAAAUAAAACGAUUGUCAUCAAACUUAUCUCUAUUGCUACAAUUCGUAACUCUUGUGAUAUUAAAAAAUUUGCUUUUUCUCUGAAAAUCAAAACAUUUAAGCAGUGAAUUUGUAUUCAGUGUUAAUAGUUUGCUUAAACAAUGAGCUUUCGUUCUUUAUAUUUCCUGCUCUACAAAAGAAUAACCGAGAAUUGUUAUUUUGUUUCUAGAUUUGCAUGUACAGUGUAAAUAAUUCAUUCAAAGUUAAUCAAGAACUGAAUCGUUUUAUAGAGGAUAAUAAUUUUUCGGUUAUCACUUAAAAUCAACACCUGUUUUAUUUUGAAGCCAUAUAAUUAAAAAUAAUUCAUGUUAUGUACAAUUUAAGUGACUUUUGCUUGUCGGUGUAACAUGUAAGGUACUUACUAGUAAAUUUUUGUAGAGUCAAAAAUUAAACACGACAAGCAAGCUUAUAAAUUACUGCAAUCAAAUCCCGAUGUUCUAUUGAUAUAUAAAUAUAUAUAUUGUUUGUACGUUAAAAUAUUUACAUAAAGAUAUAUUAAUAAUAAAUAUAAUUAUAUAUUCUAGAGGUAUAUUUCAUAUAUGUGUUUGAGGUUCAUGUCUUUCAAGGGAACCUCUGUCAAGUAUAAUUUUUAUUCUAAUUAUAAAAUGGCUAAAAUUCAUCCUAUAUCUAAUUUUCAGAUUUCCUUCAAUGCUUUGGCGAUUCAAAUCUUGAUUUUAUUCAAAAUAUUAUUUGCUUUUUAAGGCUAAAACAGUAGAAAUUGUAAGCAUUAAGUUGUGUAAAAUAAAAAUAUAAAAGUGUAUGUCUGUUUAAUAAAAAUAUUUAAAUAUAACUCAAGUAGAUUUAGUGCUGCUGGCAGCUUGCUUAAGUUUAACUAUUUGACCUAUUAUAAACGCACGCAUUCCAUUAUGUAUACAAAAACGAAUGAUUUACUGAAAAUUUCAGUUUAGAAUAUGUAUGAAGAAAAGUUUUUGAUCUUGCUGAAUAUGAUUGCAGUUGCUUCCGAUUGUUUGUACAGCGUUGAUGAAUAACGAAAAUGGCUAUAAAAUAAAUAUUGAAAAUAAACUUGUUGUUUUUGUGUUA